UAUGUUUCCAAGUAAAUUGUAUGAUUUACAAUUGACACCUUCUUUGAAUAAACUAAAUUGUGAUUUAGAGAGUGCCAAAUUAAUGGAAUCAUUCAGAAAACUUCUAUUUGAAGAUGAUAAAGAAAUUUUGACUCAAGCCUUGGUAAUUUUAAUAUUUAUGAUCCUAGGACUUAAUGAAAGCCAUAUCAUAUGCUCUCUAUGGUACUAUAGUGUAUUGGAAAUCUUUAAGCGACAAAUGCAGAGAGGAUGACCUAAACACUAUAAGUUAGUAAUUUCAGAGGAAAAUUGUGAUUUAUGAUAUAUGUGAGGACAGAGAUCUUAGGUGUCAAAUAAUUAAUUAUGGUUAUAAAAAACGCAUUUAUCUAGCACGAUAUCUCAAUUAUUUUUAUGUUGUUGGCAAAAAGGGUAGUGAGGAAAAGCAUAAAUUAAUCAAAGACAUUCUUAUUGAUGUAAUUAAUGACAUUAUAGGUUUACCUAUAAGAAGACACAAACGGUCAUAUUCAGAUCCUUUCAAAUACUUAUCUGAUUAAAAAGACAAUAGAAUUAAUAAGCUUAAUGUUAAGAAUGUACCACUUUCUCCAUCCAAUAUAUCAAGAACAAGUUUAUAAAUGCAACUAUUAGAUGAAAUUAAUUAAGAUGGAGAUUUGCUUAUGAAAGAAUGCAAUUCACUAUUUAAUUCCACAACACCAUAAAAUGAUCUUUUGCAAUCUUUGAAUCUAAAUUUAUAAGAAGGCACCAAUAUUCUCUCAAAUGUAAGUCUAUGAGAUGCAAAUAUUAGAUUAGAUAUUUUGGUACUCUUAAGUUUUAUGACGAAGCCAGAUCAUAUGGAUUUAUUAUAAUGGAUUUAGAUGGUAGUGAUUUAUUUGUUCAUUGCGAUGAUCUAACUAAAGCAGGAAUGAGUAAGGAUUUCUUAAGAACUGCAAAACAUGGUAAUAUCAUUAGAUUCUCAUUUUUAAUACUUGAAUAUUUUGGUAAGUAUAAUAAAAGCAGAAAAGCGGUUGACUUGCAGUUUAUUCAAAGUUAACCUUAUUUCAUGUGA